AUGCCGCCAUUAUUCUAUUGUAAAGAGUGUGCUGCGGAUCGGCCCUUUCAAAAUCUGCGCCAAUGUCGUCGGCAAACCCCCUUCGAUUUCGAGCAGCUUCGAAACAACCUGAUUUGCGACGACUGCUAUCGGACGCACCUGCCUUGCGACAAUUUGUACCACGACAGCCCGCUGCUGGCACUCAAAAAGCUCAAAGCCGACGAUAUCGAGGCGUUCAAAGGGCGGCUACUGACUUUCUUUCAAGAAACCGGCAGACUGCUCGAAGAUCUCGAGCUUCGACGUGCGAUCUACAACUCGGAGGCUGACAGAUGGGAGAGAGCUGCAGCAUCAGAGGUUGAUGAGUUGCUGGCCGUCCUGGAUACCAAUGCCAUUUCACAGCAAAUUGUAGAGGAAGUCGCGCAUCUGAGCUCGCUGGCCGCCCAACUUGCCCAGGGCUCGACUCCCGAUGCACCGCCGGCCUAUUCUUUGCCGCAACCCGCAAGAAUAAAUGAGACAGUUCAACGAGCUUCACGCUCCGAGCAACCGGCGCCAAGCCGAGAACGUCUGCCCGUUGUUGCCCAGCCUGUUCAACCAGUUCAACAAGUUCAAGCAGCUCAACCAAAUCAAUCAGCACCCCCCGAUCGUUCACGGGCCCGCAGAGCGCAGACUCCUACAAGCAGCGCCCGUCCCACUCGCUCACUUUCCCGAGCCAGUCGACGCAGCUACCGGGAUCUGCGAUCGGCAGACGAUGAUGACGAUGCGCGCAGCGAGACGAAUACCGUAUGCACGGGCAUCGAAACACGGAUCGGUUACCGAUACGACAUACUACCGCUGAAGAAGCAGCAAUCCGCUCCCAGACGUCGGCCACCGAUACAGACCAACUUCCUCUCGCCAAAUGGCCUGCAGAACGGGCAACUCUUCUUUACGCUAAAGAACAUGACGUCUGAGACAUGCCUCAUCCGAUUUCUCAUCACCGAUCCCUACAAUGCACAGCUUGAUUUCCCCCAAAUGGGUCUUCAGGAAGAGCGCAGAUUCUAUAAGAAUUCGUUUGAAUUGGCGGGUGAACGCGAAACAAGCCCAAUCGUGGUGGCAUUCGACGAGGAUAAAUUGGCUGAUUACGCGCGGAAAGGCGACGACCAUUUCGCGUUUGUGAAGAUCCGCAUGAUGGGUCAGGCGGACAAGGUCGGCGACUGGGUCUUCUUUCAGUGGUCGAUACGAUGCGACUGGAAUGCACAGUGGCAGAAGUGGAUCCCGACGUUUACCCUGUGUCGCAAUUUCCGCGAUCACCACAGCGAUCGCCAUCGAUUAAAGAAAUAUAAA